CCCAUUUCGCCCAUUAAAUUAAGGGCCGCGGCAGCCAGCAGAGCAGAGCAGAGCAAGGCCUCUUCCUUCCUCCUCCCCACGGGCACAAAUAUCUCCGUCCCUGUCCCCUAUCUCUUCUCACCCGCCGCCGGCGGUCGAAUCGACGGAGGCGGGUGGCUGGAUUGCUCGAUUCCGUAUAUAUGGGAAUUGAUUGAUUGAUUGAUUUGGGGUUGCCGCUGUGCCUGUGCCUGUGCCUGUGCCUGUGCCUGUGCUGCUCAAUCGAUUUGGGGAUUAGGCAGGUGUGUAGGGUAGGUGGGAUCCAUCGAUUCGGAUGGGCGAGGAGGCCAUGGACGACUACGAGCUCCACAUGGUGUGCUACGGCGGCGACGACGACGGCCGCGUGAUGGAGUGGGAGUCGGGGCUCCCGGGCGCCGACGAGCUGACCCCUCUGUCGCAGCCGCUGGUUCCCCCGGGUCUGGCGGCGGCGUUCCGCAUCCCGCCGGAGCCCGGGCGGACGCUGCUGGACGUGCACCGCGCGUCGGCGGCCACGGUGUCGCGGCUGCGGCGCGCGCCGUCGUCGUCGUCGUCGGGCAGCGGAGGGAGCGGCUCCUCCUCCUUCGCGCCCUUCCAUCCCCAUCCGCAGGCGGCGGCGGCGGCGGGACACGCGAGGGGGGACGAGGAUGCGGACUCGUCGGCGGCGGCCUUGGGCGGCGGCAACGCGGCGACGACGACCACCAACACAGGCACCAACAGCAAGCGUCCCCGGCUGGUGUGGACGCCGCAGCUGCACAAGCGGUUCGUGGACGUGGUGGCGCACCUGGGGAUCAAGAACGCGGUGCCCAAGACCAUCAUGCAGCUGAUGAACGUGGAAGGGCUGACGAGGGAGAACGUGGCCAGCCACCUGCAGAAGUACCGGCUGUACGUGAAGCGGAUGCAGGGGCUCUCCAACGAGGGGCCUUCCCCGUCCGACCACAUCUUCGCGUCCACGCCGGUGCCGCACUCCCUGGUGCACGAGCCGCAGGUGCCCGUGCCAACCAGCAUGUACGUCGCCGCUGUCGGCAGCAUGGUGCCCAUGGCCAGCGGCGGACAGGCGGCGUACCACCACUACCACCACCACCACAACGCAACAGCAGGAGGAGGAAGAGGGUACCCGCAGGCGGCAGCAUACCACCACGCCGACAAAUGACAUUCGCUUCUUCCGCACCGCAGCCGGCCGCCCUCUGUAUCUACUCCUCCUAUCCUAUCCUAUCCUAUAUACAGUACUACAUAGUAUUUCUCAUUUGCAGCCACGACCACGACUCGGAGAAGAGAAAAAAAGAAAGAAAGAAAAUCCAAGCAACAACAAUAACAAGCCAAUCCUGCUCUAGUAUCUAAUUCCUGCCUGCCUCAUUCUGUAAUGUACUACAACUGCUGCUGUAUUAGAGUUGAGAUGAGAUGGGAUUCCCAAUUGGAUCCCUUCCUGAAUAAGUCUAUAUACAUAUAUGUAAAGGGCGAAAACGAAGAUUUGUCCCUGUUCCAUUCAUUUGACUACUUAUUAGUACGACUACUCA